AGUGCUCCGAUCGUGAGGCAUCGUCACGUGCAGCUUGAAAUCGUCCCUUUGAAGCAAGAUGAACUUUACCAAGCUUUUCAUACUGGUCGCGAUCGCAGUGCUGGUGAUCGCCGGUGUCCACCAGGCGGAUGGUGCUCCACGCUGGAAGUUCGGCAAGCGGUUGGAGAAACUCGGCCGGAAUGUGUUCCGGGCGGCUAAGAAAGCGCUGCCCGUCAUCGCUGGGUACAAGGCCCUAGGCUAGGAUGUAGCAGUUCGACGAUGAUUUGAUCGACGAUGAACGUCCGCAACCACCCGCAACUUUAAUGGCAUCCAUUAUCAAAUGUUUCACUGAUCGACACCGGCCUCGGUGGACUUAAUCGUAAGACUGAGUGGUAGGGCGUAGCUUCGACGCGUAAACCAGCGUACGUGCUGGGACAGCUGCUUUACAGUAUUUUGUAUCUGAUAAUGAAUAAAACAUAACCUUUUUGACACAACGCAUUCGAGAA